AUGUCAUACAUCGAUGUACCGAAAAUAGACAGCUCUUCAACAUCAGGCUUUAAACCUGACAAGGUUACGGGAGACAUCGAAUUCAGAAAUGUGAAAUUUAGCUAUCCCUCCAGACCUGACAUUCAGGUUUUGAAAGGCUUGAAUCUUAAAGUACCUACUGGUAAGACUGUAGCCUUAGUAGGGAGCAGUGGUUGUGGCAAGAGUACAACAGUCCAGCUCAUCCAAAGGUUCUAUGACCCAGAGGAAGGCUCGAUCACUAUUGAUGGGCAGGACAUUCGCAAUCUAAAUACCAGAUACUUAAGAGAGAUGAUUGGGGUGGUGAGCCAAGAACCCGUUCUGUUUGACACCACGAUUGCUGAGAAUAUCCGCUACGGCCGGGAAGAUGUCACGAUGGAGGAAAUUGAACGAGCCACCAAGGAAGCAAAUGCCUACCACUUUAUCAUGAAGCUUCCCGAUAAAUACGAGACCCUAGUGGGAGAGAGAGGAGCGCAGCUGAGUGGGGGCCAGAAGCAGAGGAUCGCUAUCGCACGGGCGCUGGUUCGCAACCCCAAAAUUCUCCUUCUUGACGAAGCCACCUCUGCGCUGGACACUGAGAGUGAAUCUGUUGUACAAGCAGCUCUGGAUAAGGCUAGGGAAGGCCGGACCACCAUCAUCAUCGCCCACCGCUUGUCAACAAUCCGAAAUGCAGACAGUAUUGCUGGAUUUCAUGAGGGUGUCAUUGUGGAGCAAGGAAGCCACAGUGAACUCAUGCAGAGAGAAGGAAUUUACUAUAAACUGGUCACCAUGCAGUCAUUAGAAGCAGAGAAAGACAAAGAGGGUUAUGUAGAAGAUAACUCUAAAGACAUUGAAGAUUCUGUAGUAUACACUGCCACAAAACUAGUGAGAAGGAAAUCAAGUCGCCAUGGCAGCUUCAAGAAAGCACCAGAGAAGGAAGACAAAGAAUACGAGGAAGACGAUGACGAUAAAGAUGAGGCUGUAAAGGUGCCACCGGUCUCUUUUCUAAAAAUUAUGAAGCUGAACAAGACGGAGUGGCCGUACUUUGUGGUUGGUGUCAUUAGCGCAAUUAUCAACGGUGCCACACAGCCAGCGUUUUCCAUUGUAUUCUCCAGGAUUAUCGGGGUGUUUGCAGGCCCGAUCGAGGAGAUGGAAGCCAAAAGCACCAUGUUUUCUCUGUUAUUCCUGGCAAUCGGAGGUAUCUAUUUUGUGACAUAUUUCCUUCAGGGAUUCACAUUUGGGAAAGCAGGAGAGAUUCUCACAAAGAGACUCAGACUGAUGGCCUUCAAGGCAAUGUUAAGACAGGAAAUGGGCUGGUUUGAUGACAAGAAGAACAGUACCGGGGCUUUAACCACACGACUGGCUACUGAUGCAUCACAAGUUCAGGGGGCCACUGGGUCCAGGCUGGCCUCGCUUACUAAGAGCAUUGCAAACAUGGGCACUGCAAUUAUAAUAUCUUUUAUUUAUGGAUGGCAAUUAACCCUGCUCCUCUUGGUUAUUGUGCCAGUCAUCGCUUUCUCUAUUCUGCUACAAAUGAAGACCUUUGCCGGGCAUGCAAAGAAAGACAAGCAGGAACUGGAAGUGGCUGGAAAAAUCGCCACCGAUGCCGUGGAAAACAUCCGCACUGUUGUCUCUCUAACACGAGAGAGGAAGUUUGAGGCCAUGUAUGAUGAAAAAUUAGUAUUGCCCUACAAGAAUGCCAUUAAAAAAGCGCACAUCCAUGGACUGACCUUCGGGCUUACUCAGGCAAUCACUUUCUUCGCCUAUGGGGCGUGUUUCCGCUUCGGUGCGUGGCUGGUAGUACAUAGACACAUGACUAUGGAGAAUGUAUUCCUGGUGUUCGCAGCCCUUGUAUUCGGGGCUAUGGCUUUGGGUGAGGCCAGUUCACUCACUCCAGACUACAGUAAAGCAAAGAUGUCAGCGGCUCAUAUAUUCCACCUGCUGGAGAAGGAGCCCCUCAUAGACAGUUACAGCACCGAUGGACAGAGGCCUCCACAGUGUGAUGGGAAUGUCAUGUUCCGGGGGGUCCAGUUUAAUUAUCCGUCAAGACCAGAUGUGCAGGUGCUGCAGGGUCUGGACAUCAGUGUGAAGAAAGGGGAAACCCUGGCGCUAGUGGGCAGCAGCGGGUGCGGGAAAAGUACCACUGUCCAACUGCUGGAGAGAUUCUACGACCCACAAAUCGGAGAAGUGAGUAUAGACGGCUGUGAUGUGAGGAGAGUGAACAUCCAGUGGCUCCGAGCCCAGAUGGGCAUCGUGUCCCAGGAGCCCAUAUUGUUUGACUGCAGCAUAGCGGAGAACAUUGCCUAUGGAGAUAACAGCAGGACGGUGCCACAAGAAGAGAUUGAACGAGCAGCCAAAGGUGCCAAUAUCCAGAGCUUCAUUGAAACACUCCCAGAUAAAUAUAACACGUCUGUUGGAGAUAAGGGCACCCAGCUCUCCGGGGGUCAGAAGCAGCGGAUCGCCAUUGCCCGAGCUCUUGUGCGUCAACCCAAAAUCCUACUUCUGGAUGAAGCCACAUCUGCUCUGGAUACAGAGAGCGAAAAGGUUGUACAAGAAGCGCUGGACAAAGCGCGGGAGGGCCGCACGUGUAUUGUGAUUGCCCACCGGCUGUCCACCAUCCAGAAUGCAGAUAAAAUAGCUGUGAUCCAGAAUGGGAGAGUCGUGGAACAGGGGACACAUCAACAGCUGCUGCAGCAGAAAGGGGUCUAUCACUCGCUGGUCACAAUACAGCUGGGACCCGCAUGAGGUGGAAGCAUGGCCAGACGUUAUACUACCUGACUUAUCAGAGGAUGGGUUACCUUUACUGAUUCAGAUUAUUUCAUUUUGAAUCUAAAGACCAGUUAUUUGGACAGUAUUUGUGUAUCAGGGACAAUUAGGACCAAGCAAAGUACAUACAGUGCCUUGCUAAA